CGGCAGUGACAGAUCGAACCUUUUUCUAGGAACAUUAUCGAACUUGUAAAUUUCAAUCAUUCCAGAUCAUACCUGCUACAAAAUCUUGAGCAAAUUAAACUUGUUUUUAUGAAUUUCCCCACAAAAGAAAUAGCAGGGAUAUAUUAUUUCGAAAUGGUAAAUUAUUUAAAAUUUAGCCAAGCCCUUUUGUAUAAAUUCCUGAGCAUGAUGUGGCAUCGCUGACGAUAAGCCAUGUGCUAUUCGCUUGUUGUCAUUGUAGCUGUCAGCAUUGCGAAAUGAAAAUUAUUUUUUUAUUCAUUUACAGUGAAUUUUGAAGCCAGACCAGUAACUGGAAUUCCUCCUAUUUCAAUUACAUAUUGAACACAUUUUUAUACGACUCUCAAAAUGGCGAUGAAUGAUACUAGAAAGAGCUUUCUCCAAGAAGAAUUGCGUGAGCAAAAAAAGCUAGACCUACUUGAAACACACCGAGGUCAUGUAGCUCGCAAAAAUCGUUACACUGGACUUGAUCGUUACUUUAACAAGCAAAGAGGGGAAUACGAGCUGGACAUGCAGCUGCUGAAGGAAAAACAGGACGCUGCUAAUUUGCAGCGGCUACUUUGUCAAGAAAACUCUCUGGCUAGAGAAUUGGAUGCUGUUAAGAGGGAGAGGAUCAGGGAACUGAAAGUCAGGCAGCAGUUACGAGAGAAUGAUCCUGACCUUAGAGACCUUGAAAGAAAGCUGAAAGCAGCAUACAUCAAUAAGGAACUUGCUGCUCAAAUCGAACAAAAAGAGGCCGAAAGACUGAAUGAAAAGAUAAAAGCCAAACAAACACACCACAUUCUCCAGGAGGCAUGGCUAGAAGAGAAUGAAAAGAAGAGAUUGAUCCAGCAAGAAGAGAUAAACAAAAAAGCUCAAUACAAACAAGAACUACAAGAUCAGAUGAUACUCAGGGAGCAAGCAAAACGUGCUAUGUACGAAGAGUUCCUCAUACACAAGAAAGUCAUUGAUGACAUUAUUCAACGCAUCCACGAUGAGAACGAGCGCGAGGCCAUCAGGAAGAUCUGCAAGACGAAGGAACUCAAAGUUGAAAUGGAAGCAUUCAAGAAGGCACAGGAGCUGUGGAAGCAAAAGAAACGACAAGAGCUGGAUGAGGAGAAUAGGAAAAUACAGAAGUUCUUGGCUUCUAAGGAGGCUGAUGUCAAAAAGGGGAUACUAGAAAAAUCUCAGAGAGAAGGUGCCAAAGCUCAGUUGUCGGAAAGAAUUGCCAAAGAGUUGUAUACACAGCAAGCUAAGCAAAAGGAAAGAGACGACAUCAUCCAAGAGCUUUUGGAAGAGGAAGAGAAAGAGAAAAUCGAAAAGCGACAUAGAGAAGACGUCGAGAAGCGUCUCAGACAGAGAAUUGAAACUAGAGAUUCGCUGGAGAUGCAAAUCCGAGAGAAAGAGGAAAAGCAAAGGCAAGAAAAUGAGGCAGACGCCAAAAUAAGAGCUGAGCUUUUGGAGAAACUAGCUGAAGAUGCGAGAUUGGACCAGUUAUCGGAUCAAAAAAGGAGAAUGAAAAUGUUGCAAUUGAGAAGAGAUACUGAGCAAAUGAUGAUAGAGCGAAGACAGAAACAGGCUGAGGAAAUGCAGCUUUUGAUGAAAAUUGAAGAAGAAGCACAACAGGAGUUGGAAACAAAGAGAAGGAUAGUAGAGGAAGAAAGACACAGAAUGCUAGGCGAGCAUGUGAAGCAUCUCAUUGGGUACCUACCAAAAGGGAUAUUAAAGGUUGAUGAUCUACCGCAUCUGGACAAAGAAAUUGUAGAGAAGGUUUCACCUGUUUACACAAAGAAUUGACUAUCUUCGCACCUGCGAUGCACUGCCACAAUAUACAUAAAUAGAAAUGUGAUACAGUACGUGUUAAUUUUGAUACUACUUUGAUUUUGG